AUAGCGGGAGAAAGCCACCCAUUGUCUGCGUUGACGAUGCGGAUGCGAGUCGACUUUGCCAUGUUCCCAAACGUUGCCCUGUUUCCCGGAGUCGGUGAAGCAGCAGGAGGUCCUCCCGGAGUUCCUCUCCAGACUCGAGCGCGGACCUCGAGGCAUCAUGCGUUUCAGUUGCAGCUGGGUGUCAACGCGGCGGCUUUGGUGCGAAGGACGUGGUGUUUGCUCGGCGCCCUGCUGCUGCUCAACGUCUUGGUCUGUUGCGUCCUUGUGGCUCUUAGCUGGAAACUUCGCCAGGAUCAAAGCGGGCUCCUCAACCUGGUUGCGGUCCGGUCCGGGAGCUGGUCGGGACCGUCCUUCUGGAACACGGAGCAGCGGCGGCUGAACUUGAGCGGGCCUCAGGAGUCGUGUGAAACGGACCGCAGAGUUGUCACGCAGGUUUGGGACUACAAUGUAUUGCCCCGCCGCCUCCAGGACUUCCUGCUUCACAUCCACUGCAGGAAGUCCAGCGUGCUUCUGGCUCCGGGUCCAGAAAGACGACCGCGGGAUCUUUUCCUGCUGCUUGCCGUCAAGUCUCUGGUGCCGCAUUUCGGGCGGCGGCAGGCCAUCCGCCAGACGUGGGGCCGCGCCGGCGCCCUGGCCGAUCGCGCGGUGGCCACCGUCUUUCUGCUGGGACAGAUGCCGCCCGAGGACCACUACCCGGACCUACGUGGUAUGUUGGGCAAGGAGGCGGAGCUUCACGGGGACCUGCUCCAAUGGGAGUUCCGGGACACGCCCCUCAACACAAGCCUGAAGGAGGCGCUCUUCCUGGAGUGGUUCCAUCGGAAUUGUCCGUGGACCCGCUUUGUCCUGGAGGCCCGUGACGACAGUUUCGUCAACACCUUCCAAGUGUUGGAGUUCCUGGAGACACUACCCCGUACCAGCAGGAACUUCCUGUUCAUCGGUGAUGUCAUCAACAAUGGACGGCCACGCACAGACCGGGCCCUUCUGGACUUCGUUCCACCGAGCAUUUUCGUAGGCGCGUAUCCCCCCUUCGCUGCGUCCGGGGAUUUUCUGCUCUCUGGCGAGGUCGCGUUACGUCUCCACAACGUCUCGCGACGCGUCCUUCUGUUCCCGGUCCACGAGGUCUACGUGGGCCUGUGCCUCCGCGAGUUGGGUCUGGUGCCACAGAAGCACCCGGGUUUCUCCACGCUCCACGUCCGACACGACGACAACGAGCCCGACGAGGUUGCGUGCGUGCACAGGAGGCCGAUGGUGGUGAGCGGUCGCACGCCGCAAGAGAUGCUCGGCAUGUGGAGCGCCGCCGCAUGGCGGCACUGCCAAGAAAAUGCGCAACAGCGAACACUUACUGAUAAUUAGCUACAAUCGCUGAGCACUUCCAAAGCAAAAUUAUCGAAAUUCAUGUUGUCAUGCUAACAAAGACAUUCUAUAUUGAUUGUCAUAUAAGGAAAAAAAAAAGCGCAAUUGUUUUUGUGAUGUCAGACUUCAAUAUUGAUUUCAUGUAAUUGUCAUAGUAAUGACAAGUAUUGAUGUAGAGAGAGAUAUUGUAUGUGUGUGUACAGCAUGUGGAAAAUAUGGUACCAUAUUAAUGGAAAAUAUGCACAGUUUAGACUAAAUUACUGUGACCAUCCAUAUAAAUGAUCUAUAAAAAAUGCAACUGUUCAAUGUUCAAGAUGAACUUAGCAUUAGGAGUCUGAACUAAUGUACAAGAACCUAGUGGAGUAGCACUCGUUAUUGCAAAGGCUUUUUAUUAAUAUUAUUUUUAUCUGAUCUGAAUAAACUAGAAGUACCGCACCACAAGGUGGGGCUUUGUAGUCAUUUGGGGA